CAAAGUGAGCUCCAGUGGUCGAAUCACAGCAAAUUGCGGAAUGCAGAUACAAAAUGAUAGCUCAUUAAUUAACAGAUUUCAUUUAUUUAGCUACCCUGAAAACCUGCCAGCCAGAAAAAUGUUCUAACUUUUAUCCACCUUCAUUGUUACCUUAAGAGCAGCUCUCUCCAUAGCAACUGAAAACUUUUCAAGGCCUCAAUAAACUAAUCCUCUUCCAGCUCCCAGUGCACCAUCAAGGAAUUUUAAAAACAUAGGACUUUGUAGCCGUGAAAUACGUUCAGGGAUUCAAAGGCUACAAAGCUCCAGAUCCAUUAUCAUUUGUCUUCUUACUGAAGCACAGAAAUUCCUCAGGUUUCAAGUAUAAAUCGUGAACUUCAGUCUACAAACCACCAUCCAGGAGAGAACUGUGCUCCAGUCUGGGGCAGAAAUGCAUUUAAGGAUAAAGCAUCCCAUUUGGGGGAUAGUGUCCUUCUUCCUACUUCCCAUAGUUGUUCCAGAAAUUCCGCAAGAGAAUCCCACAGCCCAGGAUAUCCCUCCUCAGAGCUCAGGUCAGCUAAUGGAAGUGUUACAUGUUCUCUCAAGUGAUAACUACACCCACUCGCAGAACUACUCAAGAAGACUCAUCCAAACCUUAUUGGAGAAAACUGGGUGCCCACAUCGGAUUCCUGGGAUACAAGAGGAUUGCAAUCUGAAUUGUUCAUUCCUGUGGGCGAAAGUGUUUGGAACAGAUGCCCUGUUGCUAAUAGCCGGAGGAGAUUUUGAAGAUCAUCUGAGUGAAGAAGUAUUCCAGAGAAUUUCCUCCUCCUUCGAUUACAUCAUUCAUGAAGAAGAGAUCUGUGCUUCCAAACUCAACCUGAGCAGUAAAGACUAUCAGUUUUACUUGCACAGUUUGCUUAGCUUGAGGCAGGACGAGGACUGUUACUCAUUCUCUCAAAAUGAGACAGAAGACAUCUUGGCGUCCGUAAGGCAGCACUUUAACGUGUCCAGAAGCCGGUGUGUGGAGACGAAAAUUCUACAACAAAAAUCUGGAAUAAUAAGCAAUAAUGGGGCUGAUGAAAACACCCUUCCUCGACUGGCUGCUACAAUCAUUUCUUUGUCCCUUCAAGGAGUCUGUCUGGGUCAAAGAAGCUUGCCAUCCCCAGAUUAUUUUAUGGAAUACAUUUUCAGUUCUCUGAAUAGUACCAGUACCCUCCACCUACCAGAUAUAGAUCAGCUUCUCAACAUUCUUUGGACCAAAAGUUCCUGCAACAAAAGAGGACAAAUAUUCCCACACAAAAGGAGUUGGAGAAACUUGACCAAUGAAGACUGGGCCUAUGUCAAUCUUUCAGCUUCUGCUGGGCUGGACAGAGACCCAAAUGAUAACAAUGCCGCCUGGGACCAGGCUUGCUUCUCUGCCAAGGAGCUUGUGGAGAUAUUUUUACCGAACAGCCAUUCUCCUAUUUCUAAGGAGCACUUCCAGCAAAUCAGCCCAGCGAUCAUUCAGCAACUACUCAGUUGCUCUUGCCAGCUCACAAAAUACCAGCAAGCCAAGCUGCCACCAACAGCCCUAGAAAAAUAUGGCUAUAGCACUGCUGCUGUUUUACUCAUCACAGUGGGUUCUAUGCUUGGAACAACUCUCAUUCUUUUCAGCAACUGUGAGGAAAACUACAAGCUUGUUUUACAACUCUUUGUGGGGUUAGCUGUUGGAACCCUUUCUGGUGAUGCCUUGCUUCAUCUGAUUCCUCAGAUUCUUGGCUUACAUAAGCAGGAAGGACAAGAGUUGGGACAUUUCCAUGAAGGGAAAGAAUAUAUUUGGAAACUAUUGGGAUUAAUUGGAGGAAUCCAUGUAUUUUUUCUGAUAGAAAAGUGUUUCCUUCUUUUCAUAUCACCAAAUGCCAAGGGCCUAUCUCUAGUAAAUGGGCAUGUGGGUCACUCCCAUGAGCUUGCAGUGGACACUGAUUUAAAUGACCAAUCAGGCAGAGAUAAAUCCACUUCAACUAUCCAGUUGAAAAGUUCUGAAGAUUCAGAGACAGCUGAAAUUCCAAUAGAUAGUCUGACUGCCUCAAAUGGAAAGCGUAAAGUCAUUAGCCUUUUAGCUAUAAUGAUACUGGUUGGUGACAGCCUUCACAAUUUUGCUGAUGGUCUUGUGAUCGGAGCCGCUUUCUCAUCUUCUACUGAGUCGGGAGUGACAACAACCAUUGCCAUCUUGUGCCAUGAAAUUCCACAUGAAAUGGGAGAUUUUGCUGUACUGUUAAGUUCUGGAGUUGCUGUCAAGAUCGCUAUCUUAAUGAAUGUUAUAAGUGCCCUCGCUGCUUUCAUAGGACUUUACAUCGGCCUCUCUGUCUCAGCUGACCCGUGUAUUCAGAUGAUUUUAACUGUCACUGCUGGGAUGUUCCUUUAUUUAUCAUUAGUGGAAAUGCUUCCUGAAAUGACUCACGUUCAAACUCAGCGACCCUGGUUGAUGUUUCUCCUGCAGAACUUUGGACUGAUACUCGGUUGGCUGUCUCUUUUAAUGCUGGCUUUAUAUGAGCAUAACAUUAAAAUAUAGUCUUUGCUGGGAUUCUCAAGGUUCCUUUAAAAUUAAUUCCUGUGACCUUGUUUCAUCAUUCUCUAUGCACUAUAUAGUCAUUUGUAAAUUAAUUUUUUUGUGUCUUAGGUAAAGAUAAGCCAUCAUUUCACUUUAUUAACUUAUUCAGAUUUUGCACUAUGGUAUUGUGUUCUUAUAAAGUCGAAGGUUAAGACAGUUUUAAAUGGAUGUUUCUUAGUUUCCCAAACUAUUCAAACUCGUAGCAUUUUAAAGAUAGGAACUGUUGAAUUAAUUCUAAGAAAUUACCCUGAUAUUCUGCCCCUCUAAUAAAGAAUGUCUAUAGUAAUUGAAAUGGACUAUAUAGUUUUCAGAUUAUAUAUAUGUAUAUAUACACAAAAUAUAGAAAUAUAUAAACAUACAGUAUACCUAUAUGCAUAUUUACUGCAACAUCUUUAAUGUAAAAAAUACAUGCCUUUCUAAGAAACUACAAACUAUAACCACACUCAAUUUUAUAGGAAUACAAUAAAAUCUGGUUUUAACAUGACAAAAAUGUGCAUUCUCUUCUACUCCUCUUGAAAGUUUUUCUAUCAUCUCUUCCUAGGUCUGGGUAACACACACACACAAAGAAAAUACAUUUCAGCUCAUUCGUUUUUAUAAAUGUGUAAGCUCUUAAAGCCUAAAUGGCCCUGUAUGUCAGCAGUCUGCUAUGUAUUCAUCAAAUGAAAUCUCUUCCAGACUGCAAUCAAAAGAUGAAGUUCAAAAAUAAAACUAAAUCUUCCAUUGUGAAGCAGCUUAACUGAUCAAGUCCCCCUGACUGUAGCAGAAGACAUUUAUGAUCAAGCUCUUGCUGGCAGACACAAAAUAUAUUUCACAUUAUUACCACCAAUACUAUAUGAGUUCAUCAUAAUAAAGGGGAGGGAUAUGUAAUAAAAGGGUAAUGUACCCCCACAUCAACAGCCAACAGUUCUAGUCAUGGCAGUCAAAACUACAACUGAUAUAAAAUGUCACCAGCGUGGGUAGUCCCUUUAACAAUGUGGAUCACCACCCAUUCACUCCUGCCAUUCCUGAUUGAUUCAUAUACAUGCCCUUUAAUAAAUCUACCACACAAUUUUCAUAUAAGGUUACCAUAUAGCCUUCUUAAGUACUCGACUUUGUUCAGCUGCCAAUGGGACAGACAUUCUGUCUAUUGGUUAUAUUGCUAUAUAACCCACAUUUUGGGGGGGAGGGGGCAGAUAAUAGCCUUUUCACUUCUAAUCCUCCAUAAUUCCUCAUUCUUAAUAUGUUACAACCUGCUUAUGCCUACCACACACUUCUUAAUAACUCUUAAUGGGAUUUUCAAUUUCAGUUCUUUAAUAACUGAUAUUUUAUGAUUAGGUCUUUCAUAACCUAGCAAAGUAAAAGAUGUCUGGCAUGUAUCUUUUUUUAAAAAAAUAGGUAUCAUUUGUAUUUAUAGCACCUUAAAUUCUAAAUAUAUUCUUCCUCUUACCCCUGUUCAGAGAACUAUAUCUUGUAAGAAAGAAGAAAGGGGAGAAAAGGAAGAGAAAAUAAGAAAGUAGUUUCACAAAACUGAUCAACAUAUAACUGAGUAUAACAGUAUAUGCCACGUUCCAUAUCCAUGCACCAAAAUAGAGUACCACUUUUUUGUAAUAGCAAAGAACUAGAUGCAAGAUAAAUUGAGGAGAAUUUUCCAUUUCUCUAGUGAAGAGAGGAAGGUGCACAAUCUCAUUCUUUCAGGGUCAACCUUGGUCAAUACAAUUUAGCAACAUUUCCUUUUGUUUCUUUUUUGUUGUUUUUCCUUUCCAUUGUUGUUGUCAUUGUAUGUAUUGUUUUCUUGGUUCUGCUUACUUUACUUGAUGCCAAUUCAUGUCUUCAAAUGAUUCUCUUUGUUCCUCUUAUUUGUCAUUUCUUAUGACAUUGUAAUAUUCCAUGAUAUUCAUGCACCACAAUUGAUUGAGCCAUUUUCCAAGAAUGGAAAUCUGCUUUUUUUCCAAAUCAUUGGCACUACAAAAAAAAAGUAUUGUUAAGGAUAUUUGUACAUU